AUGCGGUUCACAAACCCAUUGGCGAAAGAUCCGCAAGCCUCUGAUCCCCCGCUCCCGUCGGAUCCAGUCACACAUUCUCUAAUCCAGGUUGUGUUACGAGAUGGAUAUGUAGUCAUUCCCAACGCCUUUACAGAGGCAGAGGCCCUUGAAGCAAAGGCAGAGAUUGAUCGGCUUCAUGGCCAGAGCCCACGCAUUGGCCGCGAUUCAUUUGACGGGUUUAAGACGAACCGUAUCUUCGCCUUACUGAACAAAACGCGCGUGUUUGACAAGUUUUGCCUGAUACCCCAAGUCCACGCACUAAACGAGUUCUUCCUGGACGACGAUUACCUUAUUUAUAUUAUGGAAACAAUUACUAUCAAUCCGGGUGAGAAGGCCCAGGUGCUUCAUUACGAUGACGGUGUCAUUCGGCUGCCGAGACCGCGACCUCCUGUCACGGCUGCUACGAUGAUUGUGUUGGAUGACUACACUAAGAUAAAUGGCGCCACAAGAAUUAUUCCCGGAAGCCAUCUCUGGGGCAGCGACAGGUUGGGCGAGGAGCCAGAAGCCAAGUCAGUGGUCUGCCCGAGGGGCAGUGUAAUUUAUUUCCUCGGCACGACAUGGCACUCUGGCGGAGCAAACAGGAGCGGCAAUCCACGAUAUGCUGCAACGAUUCAAUACUGCCAGCCCUAUAUUCGGCCUUUGGAGAACUUAAUGCUCGCGGUGGACCCCAGAAAGGCACUAUCGGGAGAGAUUCCGAGGAAGAUCGUCGAUAUGAUGGGUUAUCGCAGUGCUGUUCCUUUCGUGGGCUAUGGUAAGAUCCCUUCAAUGGAGAGGUGUUGUCCCUCACGAGUCACAGAGAGCAGAUGCUAA